CUCUCUUUCUUUUGCUAAGCAGAUAAACCGAGCCAGACGUAAUACAACAAUGUCGCACUACGAGCCGUCGCUGUGGGACAAGGCCAAGAUGGGCCUGCUCAUGGGUGGAUCAGUCGGAGCCUGCCUUGGCUGCCUUAUCGGAUUCUACACGACCAUGAAGGUCGGCCCGGGACCGCGCGGAUACCUGGGCACGAUCGGCCAGUAUGCCCUGGGAUCAGGAGCCUCGUUCGGGUUUUUCAUGAUGAUCGGAAGCUGCAUUCGGUCCGACGAUGACCGCCGGCUGACUGCCGAAGACCGCGCGACGCUGCGUGCUGGCAUGGAGCGGUGGAAGACGCAGGCGCCGCGCCCAGCUGCAUACUACCUGGGCAGCUCUGGCCGUGUCUAG